AUGGCGGUUUCGGGCAAAACUCGGGCACUGUCGCGACCGACCAGCGCCUCGACUCGGCCACCCAGUGCAGGAAGCGUGCGAGAAGGAUCUCCCGGUCUUUCGAGUCUGAGUCAGCGGCCGACCAGUGCUGGGAGCACCUCCGCCGCCUCCGCCUCUCUAUAUCGACCAACCAGCGCCGGCACUGUGCAAGGCUCCGAAGUGUCGAGCAGGCCUGUCAGUGCCAAAAGCCAGGCUGGCCCGAUCAACACAACCACAUGCAGAGCUUCCCUGGAAGCGGAGGAGUCCGUGAAUACUGGGCACACAGCACGAGGUGAUUCACCAUCAAGAGGCGGUCGGCUUCUGGGCCCGCAUUCGCAAGACAAUGCUAUAACUCAAAGCUCCGACUUCUCCCGCCGCGCAGUCGAGGAGGAACUGCAGCAACCAGUCCUAACACCUAUUCCAAACUCGAUAGCAACACCGCUGGAGAGGCAGAUGGGCACUGCAAUCGGACUGAAAGGCAGAAAUCGGUUGGUGCCUCGACUUCCCCGUGAUGUCGUACAGUGCCUGCACGGUCAGAACUGUUGUUGGCGGUGGUUGGCGAGAGCAGCCAUGGAAGAGAUAUACUGCGGGAGCUUGGCAUGCGUGAGCCUUGCGGAUGGUGUGACCAUGAUGAAGGAGGAGCUGGUCAUGCUUAGGGAGGAGCAUGCCAUGAAGGAGACAGAGCGAGGUCGUGCGGAGGCCGCUGAAGAAAAUCUCGCCUCCUUGAAGCAGCAGUUGGCUGCAGCUAAAGUUGAUCACAAGGAGUUCAGGGCCCUUGAGCGAGCUCACGGUCAUUUACAAGAGGAGGCUGCUUCCCUCCGAGUGUCCCGAGGAAGCCUCCUGGCUCAGCUGGAAGUACAGAAGAAGGAUUCGGCACGCGAAAUAGAGGCGAUCAAUGGCAAGGCCGAUGCUGAAGCAUCAGCCCUACGCCUUAGAGCAGAACACGCGGAGACGGAGCUCGCGAAAUUGCAGGCAACCGAAAGUGAGCUACGGCAAACAGUGGCAGGGCUGAUCCAGGGAAGGGAAGAGGCAGACAGGAAGAAGCUGUCAACAGUUGGGCCCCGCCGUUUCAGGGCUCGCCGAGGAAGAAAAAGUAGCACGAAAAAGGAUUCUGGCUCGCGCUCCCAAUCUCGGCGAGGGGGCAAGCAACGCGGGCGACGCUAA